AAUCCAUACUUCUAGCACCUUUAAAGCUCACUAAUACGUUACAUCUCUUUGCUUAAUCUGUACACGUUUAAGAACUACAAUGUGUGGUUUGUGAUGUGCCAUUUUAUAUUUUUUACACUUUGUUUUUGUGUACGGAACAAACAAACCAGAUAUAAUGCGUUAAUUAGUGAGCUUUAGAGGUGCUUGUAGUCUGUUUUUGUUACUAUUACCUUUAUAUUUAGCACAGAGACAUUGAGGGUAUCGAUCUUCUCAUCCAUCUCUUGGCAAGAAAGUGAAUAAGCUCAUUUCCCAAAAUGUCAAACAAUUUCUUUAAGAGUUGUGGUCAACCUGCUGCUUACAUGAUAGAGACGUGUCUCAUACAUGUAGGCUAGCUGUGUUCCUCGGUUUCGUUAAAGGCCCUUGUGUUCACAUGCCUUCCCCAUUACAACACGGCCAGUGGCACAUGGCAGCACAGUGGCCGCAGGCGUUGGCUUUUCAGCUGAGCCCAGAACUAGUGCAAUGGGUGAGGGGGGCUUGGAGGGGGUGAAAGAGAGGAAGAUGUAAGCACAUGGAGUCGAUGUGCUCGUAUGAUAAUGUCUGCAUAAGGAUACGGUGACAGCACAGGUUGACUCUGGAUAAUAUGGAGCUGGCUGUGUGUGUGUGUGUCUGUGUGUGUGUGACUCCCUCUAUCACAUGAAGGAGGGAGGUGAGGGAGCUGAGGAGGCGCAGGGAACGGGAGAGGGGGGGUGUAGAGAGGAAGAUAUAGUGGGGGAGGCUGGAGAGAGAGAGAGAGAGAGUAAGGCGGCUGAGAGGCGAGGGCCGGUGCAGUGCAGAGCUGGAACGGACACCCAGAGCUCAGCCUUCCUCGGGUUACCAUGGAAACCACAUUCCUCCCCCGCCUGCAUCCCUACAGACUGCUCUGACUCUCUCUAUCUAUCUCUCUCCUCGCUUCUCUGUUUUUCAUCCCGUCUUUUUCAUUCCUCUUUUAAUUCGUGUCUUUGUUUCUCUCUCUCUCUCUCUCUCUCUCUCUCUUUCUCUCUCUCUCUUUCUGCUCUGCUUUUUACACCGUACACGCAUUGAGCACAAUCGUGAUGAUGCACACUCAGCAAGCACACUGACUUCACAUGCAUCGCUCCCUGUGACAAGGUGAAUGGGUAAUUCACCGAGUUUAUUUUGCAUUCCCGUGCACUCGUGGACACAUAAGCACUUUGUUUGUUUUCUCAGCAUCUCUCUAUUUUCUUCUCCUCUAUUUUUACUCCCCCUUCUGUUCAGCACCAUGCUUCAGUAAUGCCCCCUCUAGUCAUCGCAUUUCUGCCCACACAUAGGGCAUCGUAGCUUCGUUUCAUCCUCAGUUAUGGCGUCUGUCGCGGACCUUUCAGCACCUUCAUCAUAUAUUUUAUCAACCGCUUUCUCCAGCUCAUCUCUUAACCUCCUACUUGCACCUCAUUUCAUAGCUCUCGUUCUUUCUGCUUCUGUCUGUACAAAAUCUACGCCAAACGCGUUCCCUCUGAUACAAUCUCCCACUCUUGCCAUCUUGUGUUCCCACAUUUCCCUCCACUCCUCAUUUUGCUCCACAUGUAUGCUUCUCUCUCUCUCAUUAUUCCAUCAGUUGGAGGUGCUGUGUUUGGUGUGUGUGGUGGAGCAGCUGUUCUCUGCCACUGCGGCCUAUUAAUAGGAGUCUUAGCCGUGUGCUAGCUUUUGUUUUCUGUGUGUGCAACGCUGGGAGAGCGUCGUGGAGGCCGCUCGGCAGGUUACAUUGGCUUUUAGUACAAAACUGACGAGUAUCUUUCAUUCUCUCGACCUGACUGGCUUUCUGUCUUAGGGUCUCUCUCCCCUAAGCUAUGAUUCAUUGAACAGUGGAAGCAUUCACUGUAAAGUCUCCUUUCAAUAUCUGCUAUUCGUAGGAGAAACAAGUGGAUUCUGUUAAGAUGCAAUGAUGCCUAAGAGAGACUUUUAGGACUUGCUACCUCACCCCACUUCUUGCAGUUAGUUAAGGCUACAGUAGAGCAGCUUAUUACGUGUUGAUAUGGAGCUGCCUCUUUAAGACUGCCUCACUACCGACUGUCCUUUUAUGGUGCCGCAUCCGGUCAGGUGACGAAGGAGUAGUCACACAGCUUCUCUGAGAAAUGCCUAGAAAUGACUGAAAAGCUCAAUACAUGGUGUGUGCUGUGGUUGGGGGGGGGUUGUAAUGCUCAUUACGAUAGCAUGUGUGUGUGUGUGUGUGUGUGUGUUUAUUACAGGCUGUCCAGGUUGGUUUAUGUAAUAAGGGCCGUGCAGGCUGAUGCUGAGCUGAUAGUGUUGGGGGAGCUGCAAGGUGGGAAGCGGAGGAGCAUCUCUGUUCAAAAGCGCAGGAUAAUUUCCUCGUUUAUGCCAUAAAUCACAGGUCCUUCUUUUUCAUUUGUCAACAGAAGGUCAGAGGUUAGCGCUUUCAUUUCACAAGAUGAAUCACCUAAUGCUGUUGAUCCAGUCCUUUCCAGUCCAAGCUGUUUAAUUGGGCACAAUAUUUAUCAAGGACUGCACACACACAAACGCGUACUCAUGCAUGUAUGUAUACACAUAUGUGCAGGGAUAUGUGUUUUUGAUAUCUUUUAUAUUGCCUUGAGUCCUAAAAGAUUGCUAUUCUUCUGGGUCUACUAAAGCCAAGUUGUUCUUAUUGUAUUUUCUUCAGGAUAGUUAUUAAAUUUGGUAAGAGUCAGAGUGUAAUUACAAGCUAGCAGUUCAAUCAUACCCUGCUGCGCAGUGUUCUUUCCGUGUUUGUGGCAAUACGUUGUUUCAGUAAUUAUUUCAGAAAGGUUUUUCUCUUGAAAGUGGAACAUCUUUGUCCACGUGUUCGCAGCUGAACUAAAAGAUCUUUGAUGGUUUUCCAUCUCUGGUAUUAUUUAUGUCUCACCACUAAAGAAAUGCCAGUAACUGAAUAUUGCUUUUUUCUGCUUGGCACUGUGUCACAAAUGGAAAAAUAAUCUUAUAUAGGUGACAGCUUUAUUACGUUAUAAACUGCGGAUUAAAUUUGACAAUAUCAUGUAAUCUAAUACAAGGACACUGCGAACGACAAGCUGAAAAAUAAUAGCGUAAUUGAGUCUAACCAAAACUCAGGACACACAACCGCAACAGAAAUUUAACAUAAUUUUGCACAAAGGUUGUAUUUAUUGCAGGGCUAUGGUAUUUGAUUACACUAUAUUGUACCUCUUGUAUAAGGUUGCAAUUGCCUAGAUUUCACUUUAUCAUCUCUCUAAUGAAAUGUUUACUCUUAAAGAAGCAGAAGAGAUUAAGAGACAUUACAUUUCUUUAGUGAUUAAAACAUAGAACAUCAAAACAGAAAAGAUGUCUUUAUCCACAAAAAUAUGUUGGAAAAAUUAGAUGUCUUACACGACAUUUACGGCAACACUACAUUGACCUUCAAGACCUUUUCUUUCCUGUAAUAGCUGUAAUGUGAUUAGUGCAUAUUAACUUCCUGUAUUCCUCUUCCUGCUAUGCUUCUGAUACAGAAAACCAGCAAUUGAUUGGCUCUAAAACGUCCUACCAAAUUCUUUAUAUAUUUGAUAUUAUGUAAUAUUUAAAGGGAGAGGUUUCUUUCCCCUAGAGCGACUAAAUGUGUCUACACACACAGUUCAUAUCGCAGAUAUGUGUGUAUAUGUGCACGCCCACCCAUACAGAUGACAUAUCUGUUCCUUCAGCGCAGGGGAUCUUUCUCUGUCCGUCUCUCCUGCCUUUAUUAUGUGCUUGCCAGUCCAUCAUUUUGUGUGCCGUUGUACAGUAUGUGUUUUGUUUUUUUUGUUUUACUGCAAACCCUCUGUGAGGUAAAUGUGAUGUGGACAGUUUAUAAGAGAGACAGAGUGAGGCUAGGGAAGGAUGGUCGCAACAUGUGCUCGGUCAUGUGUGCUGUGAUCGAUAUGCUUACAUCGUCCUUUCAAGCCACUGCCUCGAAGCCCCGCCUCACCGCUCCGAUUGGCUCCAGCAGGGUUUGUGGCUGCAGCCGACAAUGCAACUUCAGGCAUUCAGUGGUUUCUAGUCUCUGUUUAAAGAUGCCCAAGUUUCUCCUCUUUUUGCUCUCCCUUUUUUUGCUUGGCAACUCUCUGUAGGUAGUAGAAAGAAUAUCAUUAUAAUGAAGUGAGUUAGUGUUGCAUGUAAUUUAGUGUCAGUGAGCCUGCUGUGUGUGCCUCCUGGUAGGGCUGCAGCACAAUGCAGUGUGCCCUCGACGGAAAAUUCUGCUCAAUUUAACAGGAAAGGCUGCACAGAUACACUUUAAUACACAUAUAAUUUAAAGGCACUAUGUCAAAACACUGAAACGGCAUUCAUGUUUGAGCACUGUAACAUGCAGACUAUGUACAAAUCUCUCCCCCCAUGCAGACACACCCAGCUCUGUUCCCCGUCACAUUUCAUUAAUAAUGCAUAUAUGCAGGGCUUUUAAUGGCGACACUGUAACAUUCCCUCUUAGUUCUGUAAAAAAAAAAUAAAGCUUCGCCCUCAGUGUCAGGAUGCUUUAUAUCUAGCUGUGAUCAACCCACAAAUUCAUAAGCAUGCAAAACGGUUCACAGGCAGUCCAAUCGCAUUACUGGAAAUAUAACUGCCACACAUACAUGAAAGCCAUAUAGUCUCUCCUUCUCUCUUUUUCCCCCCCUCACACAUUCUCUCUCUCUCAAUCUCUUCCUCCACCCACUCGAAAAGCCCAAGCGUGUAAUCUUGUUGGUUUCGUACACAUGUGUUGAUGUCAUCAUUGUGAACAUAAAAUAUUUCCCCUAUGGUUCUUUAAACAAGGUUUCAGGAGUGCAGUUUCCUCUCAUUGUGCUUAUUUUGACCCGAUGGUGCACACAGGCAGGACUUAACUAUAACAUUAAUUCAACAGCAGUGCUGCUUUGCCAGUAGUAAUACUAAAAAAAGGAAGAGGGGUGAUGUAAAGUAAUGCAGCGUGAUUCAAAGGCAUCACUGUUGAGAGGCAGGUCUAGUGAUACCCAGGAGGAAAAAAAAAGCAUUUUCAUGUGCUGCACCUGCCUCCUUUGUGAGAUUAUAUACAGAUGUGUGCUGUGACACAGAGCCCGAGGUCGGCAGUCACUUGCACAGGAAAGCUGUUAAGUCUGCAGCUGAACUAGAGAUGACCGUGGAGGUGACCAGUGACCAGUCGGAGCAACUGUAAGUUGGAUUUUGGCUGCAUUGGUCUGAUGAAAAACACGGAUUAGACUUAGUGGAUCAGGGUCGAGGGUUGGCAUCGUCAGACUGCAGACUACGACUUCCUGACCUUUUUUAUUGAGGGAAUAGGCAAAUACAAUGUUUUCAUUGUGCCUUGAUUUGUGAAGAAGCAGUACCUUUUCACCCAAGGCAGGCAGCAGUGAGGUUUUAGCUGUCGCGGCCCCUUUAAGAGCAGCUAGUGAAGCGCUCAGUCCUGUUGGUGCUGCUGCUGCUGAUGGCAGCGCUGCCAGUUGAUUGGCUGUGGCUGUCAGGGCUGAGGUGCUGGAGGGAUGCUGCUACGUAUCUCUCCCCCUCCCUCCCUCCCUGCCUCUCUCUCUCUCUCUCUCUCUGUGUCUCUCGCUCUCCAUCUCCCUCUUGCUUGCUCGCAUCCCUCUGAAUAAUCCACAUCUAGGGCAAGCUGGCUGAGAGGCGAUCCAGUGCUCAGCUCCUCUCUGCAGGCUGAGAAAAGAGACAGAGAGAGAGAAAGACAACGAUUUUCAACGCAGGAGGAAAACCGUGAGAUUUUGACAGACCGGGAAGAUACCAAGAAUUAACAGAAGAAGAUUUUCAUCUGCGGAUAUCAUUUAUUUAUACAUAUUGUUUAUAUAUCUAUAUAUAUAUUUGUACACACGCAUAUAGAUAUUUAUAUAUAUAUACAUUUAUCCCUGUACAUAACUGUAUUUGUGCUUGUCUGUUUAUACUAAUAUUUUUAUAUGUAUUUGUGUGUGUAAAUAUAUAUGAUAUAUAAACAAAAGAAUAUAUAUAUAUAUCUAUGAAUUUAUAUGCGUAUCACUGUGAACCAAGAGAAGCAAGAGGAAAUUUCUAUCAUCGGGGCUGGUCUCUGAUUGUCUGGUCGUAUACAAUAUUUUGAAUAUUUCCUUUGAUCUUCUACGUCAAGAGGACAAAGACUACGUGCCCAUUUUGUAUUUUUGUUUUCCUGUUGCUGCUUCCCGUCCCUCUUGAUCUUUUUUGUUUUUUUCUACAUCCGAGAGGAAUAAAGCGGAGAGUGACAGGAUUUGACGAAAAAAGGGAAAAUCGGUAGAAAAAUUCCUGUGAUUAGUGUUAUUUUCCGUCGGCAUUAGCGCUCUGUGAGCCGAUCACAGCGUGCUGUGUGAGAUCUGAGGAGGCAGCAGAGACAGAGUGCCACGCCGCUCAGCUCAGCGUCAGCCCAGCCAGCGCAGCCAGCAUGCACAAACAUCACCACUGCUGCAAGUGCCCAGAAUGUUAUGAGGUGACCCGUAUGGCUGCCCUGCGUAGGAUGGACGCCCCGUCGUAUGGAGGAGACUGGCAGGCCGAGCCCUAUGGAUACCCGCCUGGGUACGGGGGAGGCCAGACCUUACCCCCUCCGGCCUCAGGGGGAGGUGGAAGCAUGGGAGGAGGAGGGGGCACUUUGGGGAGAAGUAAGGGCAAGAUUAUGUCUGGUGGGGGCCCUGGAGGCCCGAACCCAAAGGGCCAGUCCAAGGGUGGCCCCAAAGUAAACGGCAACAACUCCAGCGGACAAGGAGGAUGGUGGCCCGAGUGCACCUGUACCAACCGGGAGUGGUAUGACCAGGCCAACCCUCCCCCCAUCAUCGUCAACGCAGACUCACUAGAUGCAGGCCCUUAUGUAAAUGGCAGUGAUGGGAUGUACAAAUAUGAAGAGAUCAUUUUAGAGAGGGGGAACUCUGGCCUGGGCUUUAGCAUCGCUGGAGGAAUAGACAAUCCCCACAUUCCUGAUGAUCCGGGGAUCUUCAUCACCAAGAUCAUCCCUGGAGGAGCAGCUGCUAUGGAUGGAAGACUGGGGGUGAAUGACUGCGUGCUACGUGUGAACGAGGUUGACGUGUCCGAGGUGGUUCACAGUCGGGCAGUGGAAGCCCUGAAGGAGGCGGGGCCGGUGGUGCGGCUGCUGGUCCGACGGAGGCAGGCGCCACCCGAGACAAUUCUGGAGGUCAACCUGCUGAAAGGGCCCAAAGGGCUUGGAUUCAGCAUCGCCGGAGGGAUCGGUAACCAACAUAUCCCAGGAGACAACAGCAUCUAUAUAACUAAGAUCAUAGAAGGAGGAGCUGCCCAGAAGGACGGACGGCUGCAGACCGGAGAUCGCCUGCUAGCUGUGAACAACAUCGUGCUACAAGACGUGCGUCAUGAGGAGGCGGUGGCUGCGCUGAAGAACACUUCUGAUAUGGUUUACCUCAAGGUGGCCAAGCCGGGACCUGUGCACCUCAACGACAUGUACGCCCCUCCAGACUACUCCAGCAGCAUGGCACUCCCUCCAGCCUUCCCAACCAUGGUGGACAACCACGUCAGCCACAACUACAUGGGGGCAAUGGAGCCCAAGCCAGUGUACCCGCCGCCCCAGGUCACCCCGUCCAGGUACUCGCCAGUUCCCCGCCACAUGCUGGGGGAGGAAGACUUCACAAGGGAGCCGAGGAAGGUGUUGCUGCACAAGGGCUCCACAGGCCUGGGCUUCAACAUCGUCGGCGGGGAGGAUGGUGAAGGCAUCUUCGUCUCCUUCAUCCUAGCAGGAGGGCCGGCGGACCUGAGCGGCGAGCUGAGGAGGGGCGACCGGAUUCUCUCGGUGAAUGGAGUGAACCUAAGGAAUGCCACACAUGAGCAGGCGGCUGCAGCGCUGAAGAGAGCUGGACAGACUGUCACCAUCAUAGCUCAGUACAGGCCUGAAGAAUAUAGUCGCUUUGAAUCCAAGAUCCACGACCUGAGGGAGCAGAUGAUGAACAGCAGCAUGAGCUCAGGAUCAGGCUCCCUACGCACCAGUGAGAAACGCUCCCUCUAUGUCAGAGCUUUGUUUGACUACGAUCGAACGAGGGACAGCUGCCUGCCCAGCCAAGGCCUGAGCUUCUCUUACGGGGAUAUCCUCCAUGUCAUAAAUGCGUCUGACGACGAGUGGUGGCAGGCGAGGCUGGUCACGCCACAUGGAGAGAGCGAGCAGAUUGGGGUCAUUCCGAGCAAGAAAAGAGUGGAGAAGAAAGAGCGGGCCAGGUUAAAAACAGUCAAGUUCCACGCCAGGACAGGCAUGAUUGAGUCCAACAGGCCAGUCAAAGUAAAGCGCAAAAAAAGCUUCAACCUCUCACGCAAGUUCCCGUUUUACAAGAGCAAGGAGAAUAUUGUGCAGGAGUUGGUGGAGUCUGAACAAUGCCUGACAUCCAACACAAGUGACAGUGAAAGCAGUUCGAAGGGACAGGAGGACACGAUUCUUUCCUACGAGCCAGUCAUUCGACAGGAAAUCCACUACACAAGGCCUGUGAUCAUACUGGGCCCAAUGAAGGACCGAGUAAAUGAUGACCUCAUCUCUGAGUUUCCCCACAAGUUUGGCUCCUGUGUACCCCAUACGACUCGUCCGAGGCGAGAGAACGAGAUGGACGGCCAGGACUACCACUUUGUGGGCUCGCGAGAGCAAAUGGAGAAAGACAUUCAAGAUAAUAAGUUCAUUGAGGCCGGCCAGUUCAAUGAGAACCUCUACGGGACGAGCAUCUUGUCUGUCAGAACUGUGGCUGAGAGGGGGAAACACUGCAUCCUGGAUGUGUCUGGGAAUGCCAUAAAACGACUGCAGCAAGCACAACUUUAUCCGAUUGCCAUCUUUAUUAAACCAAAAUCCAUUGAAGCCCUAAUGGAAAUGAAUAAGAGGCAGACGUACGAGCAGGCCAAUAAAGUCUUUGACAAGGCGGUUAAGCUGGAGCAAGACUUUGGAGAGUAUUUCACAGCUAUUGUACAGGGUGACUCACUAGAGGAGAUCUACAACAAAAUCAAGCUAAUCAUCGAGGAGCAGUCUGGUCCCUACAUCUGGAUCCCGUCCUCAGAGAAGCUCUGAGCUCCCUGCCGUCCCCUCUGCCUCGCUGCAGAGCCUCCCCUCCUGCCUCCCAGAGACCCCACCCACGCCCAAAUAGCCCCCCCUCCUCACCUCCUUUUUGCAGAUAUGUUUCAUAUCAAGUUUUAGUGUCAUCAUUAUGUUACUCUCUAAAUGAAAAAGAAGUCUUAUCACCAUUACUGUGACUGUGCACACCCCUGCAUGAGUUUCUCAACAAAUCCAUUCAAGACUGGAAAUGCCAUUCCAAAGGAAUUUGUCAAAUGAAAAACAAAAGGGAAAAGGAAUAAAUCCUUUUGUGAACUGGGACUGACUGAAGAUCAGAAUGUUACAGAGAGAGGAGUUGGGAUUCAAACCGAAGUUGCAGGGAAACAGAGACAAAUCAUACCAAGUUGGAACACUUUGUAAAUGUUCAUCAAAUCACAUUUAAAAAGACACGCGAGAUGAGAAGUGAAGACCAAUUAAGGUUUCUUUUUUUCUUUUUUCUAAAAAGACUGGAUAAAACCCGAGCCCUGCUGAUGGUACUGUUCAAGGAGUCGUCUCUCUUGUUUAUAAUGACUGAGGAAAUUAGUGGAGCCUACAAACUGGUGAUCUAUUUAUCACAAACCAGCUUGCUGUUUGGUCGUCUGCCAGUUGUCUGUGCUGCAGCUGAUAAAGACAUCUCGGGAGGCAGAUCAAGAGGAAGAAACGCGUUGUGAAUCUCUACAUUUAUAUUAUGAAAUCACAAGAUAAAUGAUAAAAUCCCACUGAGAUUUUACUACAUAUUAAAAACUACACAUUUUACACUUCACUAGAAUUGUCAAUUUGGAGGGCUGUUAGAUUUCAUUUUAGUUUUCUUUUUUUUUUUUCUUUCUUUGUGGGAUUUUUUGCUUGUGGUUUUUAGCUGCUCUGUGUAAAGGACGGGGGUAGAGAAGUGUAACUGGGCUCUCUGCAAAACACCAAACUGCCUUACAUCAAAUACAAAUUCUGUUUUGUGACUACCUGUUCGUCUGUGAGGGAGGCUGCACACAAUUUACAAGGAAAGAUUCUCAUCUUUUCUUACCUUUUUUGUUUGUGUCCUCCAACUGCCAGGAGGCCUGACUUGAGUGCAAUAGUUAAAACAAAGUCUCACCUCUGCAAUAGAUGAAACAAAGUCUCACCUCUGUGGGCGCCUUUUUUCCUCCCCCAAACCUUCCUUUCUGUGUAAUUAAAGAAUUUGGCCAUUGGAUUACAAUUUGGACAGCCAGAGCCUCCUAACUCCUGUUGAGCAGCAGACCACCCGAUUACACUCUCUGCCUUCCAAGAGGAUUCUCUUCUGAUUGAAUGGUCACAUGGUACUGUCCUAUCUGCCGCCAUGACGGCGGACUUAAAACGGGUAGAACAAGACAAUAAUUGUAUUGGAUGUCCUAACAAUUAAAAGAGUCGAUAUAUAACCUGUUUUGGAUUGUCCCCCCUGUCCCCCCCCCCCUACCAAAAAUAACACUAAAGUUGGGUUGGAUUAAAACCUACAUGCUUUGUGCAUCUAUGAAUUCUUAAUGAAUCUGUUGUUGGCACUGUGUUGAGCUCUUAGUGCGUCUGAGACCAGCUCAGGAACGUACACAUUUCCCCUGCGACUGAAAGGCCACGAUCCGGCGACGAGUUCAUAGCGAACGAACAAGUACUAAUAGUAGUUAAAGGCGUUAACAGUGUUACGAGGCUGUAUUAUGUGUCUUCUCUUUCUCGUGAGGCGGGGGAGCUCGUUCGAGGCCGUCGGCGUGGUAACCUUUUGAGUUGUAUGGCAUCACCGGGAUUGAAAAAUGACCUGCUCCGCCCUCCCAUGCAGACUGUAUGUUAACGUGUGCAUGUGAGAGAGCACGUCUGAAGAAGGAAUACUGUGGCCCCCUGAUCCUGUGAACGCUUUCCUCCCGAAGAGUGCAAAGGAUAUUUUCUUUUUGUUUUCUUCUCAAGAGAGCCAGACCCAACAGGAAGUGGUAACCUCUAGACCUCUGGGUCCCCCCCCCACCAUCCCCUCCCCUCCCCCCUGCUCUCUCCCACCCACAGAGCACCUGUACCUGCAGGCAUUUUCUGAACAGGUGUGCCCACCUGCCAGGCACCACUGCUAAACCAGCUGUCAUUACCUGUGUCAAAAACCAGAGUUCAGGGAAUAACCGAAGGGAACAGAGCCAUUUAUAAACUGCUUGCAGACUGUUUCAAAAAGGGUGUGGUAGCUGUACAAUGUAAAUAAGCCCCCAGCAGAUCCCCCUCACCUGUGCUUCAUGCAUGUGUGAAACUGGGAUAAACAUGUUUUAUAGACCACAAAUGUCAGGUAAGUAAAGUUUGAGCUACUCUUGAGAUAUAAUUUCCAUACAAAUGUGCUGUAUUGUUGGUAUUUCUCUUCAAAAUGCCUAUUGGAAAACUUAACUAGUCAGUUGGGAAUUCAAUUCCCUCAAGUAGGGCCUGUCUACAUGUGAUUUCUUGUGGAACGUGUCUGGGUGUAUAGAUUUAAAAAGAAGUAUAUUGUAAAAUAAAUAAUUAAAGAGAUGCAGGCAGAAAACCUACACAAUAUCACAGAAAACCAGGAGCAUUGAUCAUUAGAAGUUUAGAAUUGGUCCUCUCUGGUGUUUAGUUGAAAUACAGCUGACUGUUAACAAUGUGUGUGGUAUUCAUACCUCAGUCAGCCAUGUCAAAGCCCAAAGAACUUGAUUUCAUUUUACUCUUUCCAUUGAGGUUGUGGUUAUAUAACGAGAUGGAACCUGAAUGCCUCUGUGUGUGUAUAAUUGACGAGGGUCUUUGUUCUGAUGAGAGAUAAAUGAUGACAUAUAUGCUUUUUAUUUUUCGGGUUGGGGGGGGGGUCAGGGUUCUUGUUUGUACUUUUUGGGUGAUGAUGUUUCUGUUAUAGCACAUCUGUGCAGUAAGUGCUUGCAAACAUGAACCCUUUGAUUGUACAGUAGUUUCCUUCCUGUCACUGCAGGUGGUACAGCCUAUCGGGACACUUGGCCUCAUGGUCUUCCUUGUCCCAGUCAUGAGGGAACACAGUCCUGCAACUUUUUGUUUUGGGUUUUAUUUUGGGACUUGACAAGAGUUUAUUUGUUUGAAAAUAAAAUAUGUGACUCAGUUA